AUGAAGGUCAUUAAAACACCCCCUUUGGAGUUGGGAUUAUCCUCACAGCAGAAGGCUACAACAAAGGAGUUGCCUGUCACACCGACGGUGGCAGAUAUGUGCACUCAUUCCUUUCUUACUUUCGGCUUGCCCUGCAAGGCGACAAGGAAUUUGCUAGCGGCAAGAUCAAAGACGGUCUCUCACCGGGGCGACGUGGGCAUGCGAAAGAAACACAUUCUUUUCCCCUGUCUAGAGUCGGCGUUGACAGGACGUCGGCGCGCGGAUUGGCAUUACGUAAGCGACGACGGAAUGAUAGCCCAUCGCACGCUCACCCACUCCUUCGUCCACACAUCCAAGAAGGAGGGGGGAGUGGGAGAGAGUCUGAGUGAUUGA